CUUUCUUCAUCCAUCAAUAUUGUCAAUACGAUCCUUGGUGCUGGCAUGCUAGCUAUGCCAUCUGCAAUUGCAGCAGUUGGACUUGGCUUUGGAGUAUUUCUUAUUGCACUUUCGUCGAUUGCAUCUAGUCUAGGACUUUAUCUUCUUAGCCGGGUCGCUGCUCAAGUAGGACGAAAGUCGUCUUUUUUUGCCUGUGCCAAAAUCACAUAUCCAGAUGCAGCUGUCUGGAUUGAUUUUGCCAUUGCUGUCAAAUGCUUUGGUGUAUCCAUCUCAUACUUGGUGAUCUGCGGUGACUUGUUGCCUCAAGUAUCACAGGGCCUUUCAAACAAUUCACUUCCCAGUGAUCACUAUCUUCUUUCAAAGUUCUUUUGGACUACGGCAUCUAUCUUUUUGAUUGCACCGUUUGCUUUUCUGCGCCAACUAAACUCGCUGCGAUACACAUCUGCAUUCGCUCUUACAGCAGUCGUGUACUUACUUUUUGUCGUGAUAUGGUUUUACAUCUCUCCGCCAAAAACGAGUAUGCCUUUUCCACCACCAACUUUCGAUGAGAUUGAAUGGAUCAAGAUUUCUUCCAAACUGUUUACCGCACUGCCAGUAUUUGUGUUUGCCUUUACGUGCCAUCAGAAUAUUUUUUCUGUUUAUAAUGAAUUGAUUGAUAAUUCUCCUCGAAAAAUUGAAAGUGUGAUCAAGGGGUCAAUCCUGACCUCUGUAGGUGUUUAUCAGACCAUUGGGAUUAUUGGAUAUCUCACCUUUGGCAACAAAGUAACAUCAAACAUUAUUGCCAUGUAUCCCAAUGGAAUACUUGUUACAUAUGGACAACUUGCAAUUGCGCUACUCGUGUUGCUGAGUUAUCCAUUACAGUGCCAUCCUGCACGAGCUUCUCUUGAUAAAGUAUUUGGACCGAAAAAAGGAAAUGGACAUACAAUGACGACCAUUGCAGCUGUUACAGGUCCAAACCAAAACAUUACAUCACAACCCACUCAAUCCUCACCAUUGAAAAUGUCAGGCUGCCGUUUUACGAUCAUCACCCUAUGUUUACUUGUUGGAUCCUAUAUUGUUGCAGUCAGUGUCACCAGUCUCUCUACUGUAUUAGCAUUUGUCGGUGCUACGGGAUCUACAACUAUUGGACAUAUACUACCGGGAAUAUUUUACUAUAGAAUG